UUUUUUUUUUGUGCGUGACGUACAAAAUAGAAAAAAGGUGUUAAAGUAUCGGGGGAGCGGUGGGUCUGAAAAGGGUACAGAAAGUACAGUCGGCUGGAAAAAAACACAGUUUGACAAGAUGAACAGCGCAGCUGUAUAUCCGCCUCUUAAUGCCCCUGCUGCAAACCCGUUCCCAAACAUACCUGGCUAUGAAGGAAUUGCAGGAGGUGCUGCCCUGCCUCCUCCUAUACCUUUACAGCCAGUAACUCCACCGCAGCCUGCCCCCACUCCUGAUGACUGGAAAAUCCCUGAACUGUCAGAGGAGGAGGCUCGUGCUGCAUUCAAGGACUAUGUGGAAUCCCAGUGCUGCUACAGGUCAGGUCCCGCAGAGGAGGGUGUGAUCACAAGCCUGGAGUCAUUUAACACAUACAGGUUGCGUCUGGAGACGUUCACAGAGUCCAGAAAAACUGAAAUGGCUGAGAAACCUUAUGAAGGAGAAAUGGCUGACUUCUACGCUCAGCCCGCCCCCACACCCUGGCAGGUUCAGGCCAAUACCCCCAACCUCUUCAAAGAGGAUACUCAGGAGAUCCGUGUGCCCUACACCUCCUCCAUCAAGGAAUGUAACCCCUGCCGUGGGGAGGGGAAAAUUCCCUGCGAAGACUGCAAUGGAAAUGGAUAUAAACCAUGCAGGAUCUGCAAUGGCUCUGGAAAUAAUGACAACCAAAGAUGUUUGAGCUGUGAUGGAACAGGAAAGGACAGUUGUUCCAAGUGCAACGCUGAGGGGAAAAAAAAGUGCAAAACCUGCAAUGGGAAAAAACAACUGUUGACCUUUAUAAAACUAACAGUGAAGUGGACUAACAAUAAGGACAUCCACGUGGAGGAGCAAAACUGUGGCCUAAACAGUAAUAAGAUUGAAUCUGUGAAUGGGAAGGAGUUGUUCACGACCAGCCAGAACAGGGUCUACCCGCUGUAUGGGUUCCCAAACCCAGCCAUCGCUGAAGCCUCCGACCGUCUGAUCAAAGAGCAUCAAUCCAAGUUUGAGCAGACCACCCGGAUCCUGCAGCAGAGGCUGACGGUCGAGUUGGUCCCUGUCACUAAGGUGAACUACAAGUGGAAAGAUAACAUUCACGUCUUCUAUGUCUAUGGAAAUGAGAGGAAAGUCAGUGCCGAAGAUUACCCAGAAACCUGCUGCUGUGUCAUCCUGUAGACAGAAAAAAAA